UUCACAAAAUUCGUAGAGAACUAGAAAAAUAGAAGUGGCAGUAAUGCCGUUGUUUCGUGUUGUCCCGUCUUUUGCCAAGACAUCCGUCCUGCUUUCCGCGUUUCCAGUGAUGAUGCGAACACGUAGGCUAACUCUAUUUUGUCAUGCUGAGCAUAGAAACAAAACCCGAGUGGUUUGCGAAUAGUGGGGUAGUUUCCGCUCAUCGGACAACAUGAACCGGGCACUUCGAAAGUCUCAGUCUCUGCGCAGCGUUUCUGUCCUCGAGGUGAAAAGUAAAUUUGGUGCAGAAUUCAGGAGGUUUUCCCUGGAUCGUUGUGAGCCUGGCAGGUAUAAAGACUUCCAUAGGCUCAUUGUGCAUUUACAUCACCUGUGUCAAGUGGAUGUCCUUAUUUUCUAUGCGGAUGUUCAAGGAGAGUUGUUGCCUAUCAAUAAUGAUGUCAACUUUUGCAAAGCUGUGACCUCCACACAAUUUUUACUGCGUAUCUUCAUUCAGCUACAAGAGGAAGCUGAUCAGGAUAACGCAGGUGCUGAUGAUGCGACAAAGCGAAAGAAACCUGUCAGCCACAGAAAACUACCAUUUCAGAUCAGCAUGCCACAGAACUUCCGCCCUGUUUCUUCCAUCAUCGACGUGGACAUCAUACCAGAAUGCCACCGAAGAGUGCGUCUGUAUCGCCAGGGCUCGGACAGACCUCUGGGCUUUUAUAUUCGUGAUGGUACUACAGUCAGGGUUACUUCUUACGGUCUGGAAAAGGUUCCAGGCAUCUUUAUCUCCCGCAUAGUGCCCGGUGGCCUGGCGGCUUGCACGGGACUGCUAGCCAUUAAUGACCAGGUCCUGGAAGUGAAUGGUAUAAGUGUUAUGGGGAAGACUUUGGAUCAGGUAACCGACAUGAUGAUUGCCAACAGCCACAACCUCAUCAUCACAGUGAAACCUGCAAACCAGCAUAACAACAUAAGGCGAAAAAGCUGCAUUUUCUCAAGCUCGGGACACUAUUUUGAUAGUUCUGACUCUGUAAGCUACCCAGGGCUGCCUAUGAUAAUGAAAGCUUAUGGUUUAGGCACCGGCCCCGAGAGCGAAGAGGAUACAGAUGUGAUUGUCGAGAGCUCUAUCAAACACCUGUCCCGGCAGUUUUGUGCUUCGAUCGCCUCUUUGUCUUCUCAACCACAUGGUAAUACUUCCUACCGGCCUCAAGUUUCUGCCAGGCAGCCCAACUCGCUUAUUUCGGCAGCGUCCUAUCACUCUCAGCCUUGCCUCACCUACACAGCUCACUCUGACCACAGCCUCCCUCUGCACAGGAAUCUGAGGGCCAAGCAGCAUUAUGGCUUGAACCCGGCCAUCAGACAGGAAAGCUGCAGUACCCAUGACAUUCUCAACACGUGGCAUGUUGAUCUGAGUCGUCAUUUACUGUUGCCCCAGGGGGCAAUGGAGGAAGAUGGAAUUGUUGUCAUUUUGUAAGAGAUAAACCUUCUGAUGCUAUACUCUGCACUACACGUUACAAAUGACUACUUUUGCAUGUCACAUGCGUGCUAUACUUGCAUGUCUUGCAAGUUUUUACUGAUAACUUUAAAGAUUAUAGAUUCUAUGUUAAAAGGAUCUUUUUUUGUUAUACAUUAUCAAAAAUGUUUUCUUUUUUUUUCUUUUUAGUUCACCAUAAAAGUAAAAAGAAUGUGUCAUAUUGGACUCACCUUUAUGUCUUUCCAAACCUGUAUGAUUUUCUUUCUUCUGGUGACCAAACGUUUUGGUGACCAUUGGUCAUUAAAUUCUGAAAAAAAAAAAAAAUAUGUUCAGAGGAAAUAAAAUCAUACAGAUUUGAAACAACAUGAGUAAACAAUAAUUUAUUUUAUUUGGGCAAACUGUGCUAAAGGCAGGGUAGGCAAUUUUCUCUAGAAGCAGUUUUUAUUGGUUGAAAGUCUCUUCACCUCCUGAUAGCAAUCACUAAGUUAAGUGGUCUAAAUGUAUUUACUUGUAUAUGUUGGACCACAAAAUGUUUGUCCAAUCAUUUCUUGAUAUGAAUAAUCAUACUUAAAUGAGUUAUACUUAAAUAUAUGGUUUGUGACUCGAAUUCAUACAUUUUAAUGGCAACACUAUCAAUACUGAAAUGAAUCUGCAGCAGUCAUGUAUUACAGGUCAGUGUUUUUUAAUUUAUGUUUAUUUUUAUUGUAAUGUUACAUGCUUUAAGAAUUGCCAUUAAAAAUGCAUUGAAAAUGAAUUUUACAAUUAAAUAAACUGUAAA